UCCUGCUUUUUGUCUAUGACGUACAGCUAUUGACGUUUCAUUUUUGGGGGCGGGUAUCCUCUUUUUUAGGGAAAUUCAAAGGAAAAUGCGAUUUUUAGUGGACUAGCGUCGAUUGAACCCAUUUAGGAUUUUAUCAAGAAUCAAUGUUUCGCUGUAGAAAGUAGUAGCAGGCCUUAAAAUGAUCGGGGGCCUAUUUGUCUACAACCACAAAGGCGAGGUCCUGAUCUCCCGUGUGUACCGGGAUGACAUUGGACGGAAUGCCGUGGAUGCGUUCAGGGUGAACGUCAUCCAUGCACGACAGCAAGUACGGUCACCUGUCACCAACAUUGCUCGGACAUCUUUCUUUCACAUCAAGCGAGCGAACAUCUGGAUAGCAGCGGUGACCAAGCAGAAUGUGAAUGCUGCCAUGGUCUUUGAGUUCCUCCUCAAGAUCAUCGACGUGAUGCAGUCGUACUUCGGCAAGAUCUCCGAGGAGAACAUCAAGAACAACUUUGUACUCAUCUAUGAGUUGCUUGAUGAGAUCCUCGACUUCGGGUAUCCACAGAACUCGGACACGGGCGUGUUGAAGACCUUCAUCACCCAGCAGGGCAUCAAGUCUGCCUCCAAGGAGGAACAGGCUCAGAUCACGUCACAGGUGACUGGACAAAUCGGGUGGCGACGCGAGGGCAUCAAGUACCGGCGUAAUGAGCUGUUCCUGGAUGUGCUGGAGUAUGUCAACUUGCUCAUGUCCCCACAGGGACAAGUGCUCUCCGCCCACGUGGCCGGUAAGGUAGUAAUGAAGUCCUACCUCUCAGGAAUGCCGGAGUGCAAGUUCGGUAUCAACGACAAGAUCGUCAUGGAGGCCAAGGGAAAGGGAAAUGAAAUGUCGUUCUCAGGCGGAAUAUCAGGCAACACUGACAGCGAUCCAGCGCGAUCCGGCAAACCAGUAGUCGUGAUAGACGACUGCCAGUUCCACCAGUGCGUCAAGCUCAGCAAGUUCGAGACGGAGCACUCUAUCUCCUUCAUACCGCCUGAUGGGGAGUUCGAGCUCAUGAGAUAUCGUACGACAAAGGACAUCUCCCUUCCGUUCCGCGUGAUCCCUCUAGUACGAGAGGUCGGCCGCACCAAGAUGGAAGUGAAGGUGGUGCUCAAGAGCAACUUUAAACCCUCGCUACUUGGGCAGAAGAUCGAAGUUAAGAUCCCCACGCCGCUAAAUACGAGUGGAGUCCAGCUGAUCUGUCUCAAAGGCAAAGCCAAGUAUAAGGCUUCUGAGAACGCUAUCGUUUGGAAAAUCAAGCGCAUGGCUGGCAUGAAAGAGACUCAGCUAUCAGCGGAGAUCGAGCUGCUGGAAACGGACACCAAGAAGAAGUGGACGCGUCCGCCUAUCUCCAUGGGCUUCGAGGUGCCUUUUGCGCCCUCUGGCUUCAAGGUGCGCUACCUGAAAGUGUUCGAGCCGAAGCUGAACUACUCGGAUCAUGACGUCAUCAAAUGGGUACGCUACAUCGGCCGCUCCGGACUCUACGAGACCAGAUGCUAAGCAACGGUGAUUCGACUAAGCCGCGCGAUUUGGGAGCCGACGUAAGGACAUGUGGGAUGUGGCGUGUUACAUAAUAUUGUUCUGUAUAUAAUUUCCAACCUUUACCAGACAUCGGCGUAUGAGAUUUUAAUGAUUUUAUUUUUGUUUUAAACAAAUAUUUUAUUUUUCUAAGUUUUAAUGUUAAUACUGAAUAUCGGGUCCAUAGUUUGCAUAUUUUUAUUUUUUUAUAUUUCAUAUUUAGUGCUGAUUCCAGUACAUAGCAUCUAAUUUUAUUUUAAGUUAUAUCUGUCAUUUUCUUAUCCGCCGAAAAGGAAAGGGACGGGUAAUCGAUAAGCAUAAAAUUUAUGGAACACACUCAAUUUGAGGCAUAUAUCCAAACAACCCUAUAAAAUGUUUACAUUGGCCAAUAACCCGACCUAAUUAAGUUGCCAGCGCACAUCAAACGGUUUGUAUACCAACGAGAUACCUAUAUGGUUCGCCCGGGAUAUUCAUUGAUUCACUCAUUCAUUUUUCCAAUUAACAGUUGUCAGUUAUCUGUCAUUUUCGUUUUCGGCGGAUAAGAAAGUGGUAUAACUUAAAAUAAAUUUAGAGGUGUCUGCAGGAAUCGGGGCCAUUAUAUAUAUAAUUUAUAAUAACAUAUAUUAAUCUCAUUUUUAUGUAUGAAUGUGUCACCUAGAAUCUCAUGAUUUGUAUGAGUAUGUAUGUACUAUGGUGCAUGUAAAUUAUUGAACUUUUGGUAAAUCUGUAAAGACGUUUUGGUAAAACAAAACCAUAGUGAAAUCUAUACUUGUUGAUGUAAUGUUACGAACAUGUUUACAAUAAUUUAUGUAACUUUGAACAUCUGUUCUUUUGGCAAACUGCGAAACAUAAUUAUGAACAACUGGCAUAAAGAUAAGUUGGAUGACCAAGUAUGUUUAAAAAUAUAUCAAUUGGUGUUUUAGAAUAUCUUUACGAAAGAGAAAAAAAAAACUACUCUCUUACCAACUUGUAAGCUCUACAGUUCGAUCGAUAGCUUAUUGAUAGUUUAAAAAGACCAACAGUAUCGAUACGAUAUCGAUAGUAUAGCUUAUCGACAGUUUAAAAAAACCAACAGUAUCGAUAUGAUAUCGAUAGUAUAGCUCAUCGAUAGUUUUAAAAGACCAACAUUAACGAUAUGAUAUCGAUAGUAUAGCUUAUCGAUAGUGUAAAAUAACAACGGUAUCGAUAUGAUAUCGAUAGUUUAAAAAACCAACAGUAUCGAUAUGAUAUCGAUAGUAAAGCUUAUCGAUAGUUUCAAUACUAUCGAUAGUAUAAAUGAUUUUCAAGGUCAACUUUCGAUAGCUCGGCAACAGUACUCUACAGUCCUAUUAAAAAGGUUCUAAGGUUAUCAAAUAUUCAUGCAAUAAUCAACAUUGUUGUUAGUAUAAAUAACGUUAAUUUUAGCAUCCCAAUCACCAUUCCUAUUACAUUUUAACAAUCUUAUUUUGUAGAUUAUUUUCGUGCUCGAUUAUUUUUUUUAUUAAUAAAAAUUAUAUAUUCAAUAAUAACUAUAUUUAAAUACCUUUAUUUGAAGCGUACUUUUUUCGAAAAUUAAAAAGGAACUUGGCUAAAGACAAAAUAAUCUUGAAUAAAUAAAAUAAUAAAUCUAUUAUAAAAUACAUCGUCUAAUUAAUCUAUUAGAUACUUCACACGAUUAUCUGGCAAGAUAAAUGUUUGUCUAUCAAUAAAAUUAAUAAACUAUAACAACGGCCUCCGUGGUCCAGUGGUUUGAGCGUUGGGCUCGCGAUCCGAAGGUCCCGGGUUCAAAUCCCGGUGGGGACAUAUCACAAAAAUCACUGUGGUCCCUAGUUUGGUUAGGACAUUACAGGCUGAUCACCUGAUAGUCCGAAAGUAAGAUGGUCCGUGCUUCGGAAGGCACGUUAAGCCGUUGGUCCCGGCUACUAUUUACCGAUGUAAGUAAGUAGUCGUUAUAUAAGACAUGUUAGGGGCCUUUGGCGGCUCAAUAAUAACCCUGACACCAGGGUUCAUGGGGUUGGUAAUCCACCUCACAACCCACACGAUAGAAGAAGAACUAUAAUACUUUGCUUUGUUUGAUUCGUUUUGGUAUCUAAUGAGUUGUUUAGACGAUUGUUUAGUAAGCUCUAGCAAGUUUCUUGUAUCUUGGUUACUGUCGACCCGUUUAUUUAAAAUGUUAUAGUAAAUUCGCCUUAUUGUAUAUGUAUGUAUUUAUACGAAAAGCUAUCACUAUGCUACGAAAUUAUGAUAAUAUUAGUUUAAUAUUAGCUAUAAUGUUUGAUACAGUUUGUCAGGGAACAUUCAAUAUAAAUGUUAUGAAACUAAGGCACCUUAUUUUGCCCUAUAUACUAGUGACCCGCCCCGGCUUCGCUCGGGUGCAAUGCUGAGGAAAAAAUGAAAUUAUUUACGACAUCACAUUAAAAACCUUAAAAAAAAAACACGAUUUCUCCACUAUUUCAUGGAUGUUAUUAUACAUAUAAACUUUCCUCUUGAAGCACUCUAUCUAUUAAAAAGAACCGCAUCAAAAUCCGUUGCGUAGUUUUAAAGAUUUAAGCGUACAUAGCGAUAUAGGGACAGAAAAAGCGACUUUGUUUUAUACUAUGUAGUGAUACAUACACAAACUAUAUACGUCCCACUACUGGGCACAGGCCUCCUCUCAAUCAACCGGGGGCGCAUACCAAGCUACUCCACAGCAGGUCAGUGGAAGUGGUUAUUAAGCUAAUAGCCGGGACUGACUGCAUAACGUGCCUUCCGAAGCACGGAAUCUUCAUGCUUUUUCAAUCAAUCAGGUGAUUAAGUCUGCAGUGUCCCGGCGAAACAAAGGACAGUCUCACAAAGUGAUUUCGAUAAUGUCCCCCAUCGGACCUGGCCCAGUGGGGGCUGUUGCGGACACUUUCCUAAAUAUAUCUCUGGCAUUCUGUAUUAGUAAGUAGGUAUUAUUUCAAAGAAUUGAUAAAGAGUGUACGGUUCCGCGAUUAGGGGGUCUCGAACAGGCGACAUUAAAACAAUUCAUCUAAAAAGCAACAUUGCAAUUUGUCAUUUGCAUAUAAAAGUCAAAAAAUAUCAAAAAGCAAUAUUGCUUUUUAAGUGAAUUGCUCUAAUGUGGCCUUUUUAACCUACCAGGUAUUAUUAUAAGUGCAUGCUGUUAUAGAAAUGCUUAUGUUGUAUCGUGUUACAAAAGGAUAAUGUACAAUAAAAAGAAAAUAUA